CUGUUCAUGAUUUGCAUUAUUCUCACACCCAACCUUAUGGCAAAAACUCCCUUCCUCGCUCCUCUUAUGUUUCUGUUACUAUUUGCAAUCCUUAGGGCUACUUUCUCUGUCAACAUCACCACUGAUGAAUCCGCCCUUUUAGCCUUAAAAUCCCAUAUAACUCAUGAUCCACACAAUCUCUUAGGAACCAAUUGGUCCACUUCUAUCUCUGUUUGUACUUGGAUUGGUGUCACAUGUGGGUCCAAACACCAUAGAAUCACUGCUCUGGAUUUGUCAAGUAUGGAUCUCACAGGCACCAUCCCAUCUCACUUGGGAAAUUUAUCUUUCCUGGCCUCGCUCGACGUAAGUGACAAUAGUUUCCAUGGCUCUUUACUCAUCGAGUUAACUAAUUUGCAUCGGCUGAAGUAUUUGAACUUUGGUAACAACAACUUCGAUGGAGAAAUCCCAUCAUGGUUUGGUUACUUUCAUGAACUUCAAGACUUGUGGUUGUACGAUAACAGCUUCACUGGAGUUAUCCCAUCCACCGUAGGCAAUUUGUCAGAACUAGAAACGUUGAGCUUGUAUGAAAACAGUCUCAAAGGUUGAAUUAUAAAACCCCGUGCGCAAGUUUUUCCAGAGAAAUUUUCCAGUUUUCCCUUUCCCGUCAACCCCUCUUUGAACUCCGAUCUACU